UUGAGGUCACCUUUUGGAAGUACACCUCAGCCACUAAAGCAACGUGAUAUUAGUUUUGAUACUAGCAGCAAAGAACCUCACCUUAUAAGAGCUCGUGUAUUUGUUGGAAAUAUUAAUACGAAUGUAAUCACUCGCGACGAUAUCAUUCGUUUGUUCAGCAGUUAUGGCAACUUACUUGGCGUGACUGUAUUCAAAGGUUAUGCAUUUAUACAGUAUGGAACGUCAACUGAAGCGGAUUUAGCGGUUGGAGUUCUUAAUGGAUAUAACUGGAAUGGUUCUAUACUCGGUAGGAUCAUAUUCUUUUUAUCCUCUAUUUUCAGGGGCGGUGUGAAACGAACAGCGGAUAAUUGGCCGAACAAUGUUGUGAAGAAAGAAAAACUAGAAGACUUCUCGGUGGUGAUGGCACAAAAUGAUCGUAAUCGGCAGACGGCCUCUGAAGAUAUAACACGAAAUUGUAAUCUUUACCAGACAGGUAUGCCAGAUACGUUAAUAUGCGGCGGAUGUCGAUUUGUAACGAGCGAUUUUGAAGAAUUUCGGGAGCAUCGUAAGGCUGCUUGCGUGACAGAUUUGAAAGACUUGAAAAAGGAGCGGGUCAACUAA